GGCAUGUCUGUGCCAGGUGCCUAGGCCCUCCGCCUCCUCGUCAGUCCGCUGCCAGAUUGGUGGGCAGGGCACACAGACGCACCUACUCCAGACUGCUUUCUCCACGCGGGGCAGUUGGCAGGCAGCUGUUCCAGGUGGAACUUGUCAACUCCGCUUUGGGCUCUGGGGCCCCAAGGAGCGCCAUGGCCCGCGCACGCCAGGAGGGCAGCUCUCCGGAGCCCGUAGAAGGCCUGGCCCGCGACAGCCCGCGCCCCUUCCCGCUGGGUCGCCUGGUGCCCUCAGCCGUGUCCUGUGGCCUCUGCGAGGCGGGUCUUCCCGCCGCCCCUGCCGUCCCAGCCCUGUUGCCCGCCGCCUACCUCUGCGUCCCCGCCGCCCCGCCCGCCGUCACCGCCGCCCUGGGGGGCCCCCGCUGGCUUGGGGGUCCCCGCAGCCGGCCCCGAGGCCCGCGGCCGGACGGUCUUCCAGCCUCGCCGUCCCCGGCCGAGCAGCACCUGCAGUCGCCCGUGCCCAGCGCCCCAGGGGCCCUGGAGGGCGGCCCCACCCAGCCGGCCCCGGGAGUCCGGGGCGAGGAGGAGCAGUGGGCCCGCGAGAUCGGGGCGCAGCUGCGGCGGAUGGCGGACGACCUGAACGCGCAGUACGAGCGGCGGAGACAAGAGGAGCAGCAGCGACACCGCCCCUCGCCCUGGAGGGUCCUGUACAAUUUCAUCAUGGGACUUGUGCCCUUACCCAGGGGCCAUGGAGCCCCCGAGAUGGAGCCCAAUUAGGUGCCUGCACCCGCACGGGGGACGUCGGGGACUCGGGGGGCAGGACCCCCUCCACCCCCACCCCGCCUUCGGGACGAACUUUCUGCACCAUGUAGCAUACGGGACUCCCGGCCCUGCCCGGCCCCGGCCCGGGUGCACCGACGGCGGACAUGGCUGAACCCGGCGGCGGGGACCGAGAGGGGUGGGGACUGAGCCGCCCACCUCCGCCGCCCACCACCAUCUCAGGAAAGCCUGCUGCUGGCCUGCCCGUCCCAGCCGCAGGGUGACACUGGGCGCCUCUCGGCCCGGUUGCCCCUCCACUUCUGGGCCUGAUCUCAGCAGGCCCCUGGUGCUUCCCCCCCUCCCGCUCCUGGGGAGGGGGCCCGUGAAGAGCAAAUGAGCCAAACGUGGUGACCCCUGGCCUCCCCGGGCGCCCCCCUCCGCACCCAGCCGCCGCGUCCCUGAGCCAGCCGGCGGGUGGUGGGCACGCCUGCCUCCCCGCCAUCUGGGGGAGGCCAGGAGGGGGCCCAGACUGUGAAUCCUGCGCCCUGCCCGUGCCCACCCCGCCCCGUCCCCAUCAGUCCCAUUGCAUAGGUUUAGCGAGAGCACGUGUGACCACUGGCAUUCAUGGGGGAGGGAGGGGGAAGACAGAUGCCGCCCCAGCCUCAGCCCCCCAGGGCCCGGCGCUGGGGG